CGCCCGUUGGGCAGGUGUGAAACUAAAAGUUGUUUACCGUCCCAAGAGAGGCGACGAGCGGGGCUCAAAGUUCGAAAACUGAAGCGUACGCCAAAGGCGUGGUUCGUUAGAUUGUCGCGAGUGCUCGGCAUUGGUAUGCCUCCGUAGCGUCGGGUACACGGCUAUGAAUCGGACGGGGCGACUGUGCUACUGAACCGUACGAUGCGGCGCUGCGGCGGUGAAGAAGGUGCCGCCGCGCUAUUAGUCGCGCUUUUCCUCCUGUUCACGAUCGGGCCGACGUGCCACGGGCAGCAGUGGCAGAAUGCACCAAACCGGAGGUACCCCGAGCCGUCAGCGACGCCCGGACUUCUUGCCUCGGAACCGAGCCCCGCCAGGUCCUACGCUGUACCGUGCCGACAUGAGGCCGUCCGGACUGUACGAGCGGACGGACGACUUUCAAAAGUACAGCGAUGGACGGUGCUCGAUACGACCGACCACGACGCCAACCAUGUACAGGACGGCAAAGACUCCGAUCGGUGUUUUUACGGGAAGGAUUGUCUACUUGUGCGACCUUCCCGAGUUCACGCGAACCGACCAGAGGCCGGUGUCGCAGGGCGGCAUCGACCACUGGAACGACAGGCUGGACUACCCCUCCAGCGCGGUGGCCUACCUAGGCAUUCCGUACGCCCAACCGCCACUCGGACACAACAGGUUUAGGGAACCUCAGGCUCACGGCCCCUUAGGAAAUGUGCAAGCCCUGAACUUCAGGGAUUCAUGUAUACAGCAUAUUGACUACAAGGGUCAACACAUGGGCGUUCCCUCUACCAGUGAAGAUUGCCUCUACCUUAAUAUCUACACACCUAAUCUGGCUGAUGUGAAUCGCCGUUUCGCUGUCAUGGUGCACAUACAUGGUGGCGAAUUUGAUCAUGGGUCUGGAAAUUUGUUUCCUGGUCACAUGCUGGCAGCUUCACAAGAAGUUGUUGUGGUCACUUUUAACUACCGUCUGGGUGCUUUAGGGUUUCUAGCAACUGGGGACAAUGCUUCACCUGGCAACUACGGUCUCCUGGAUCAAGCAGCCGCCAUCCAGUGGGUGCGAGACUACAUUGCAGGCUUCUCCGGAGACCCAUCUCGUAUCACCCUGUUUGGUCCCGGUGCCGGAGCUGCCAGUGCUGGCCUCCACUUCAUCCAUCAGAUGAACAAGCGCAACUUGGCCUUCCAACGGGUGAUUACCGCUGGUGGAUCUCCGUUGGCCGAGUGGGCCUUGGACCAGGACCCGAUACGCAUGCGCAACAUGAGCUGGCUGUAUGGCGAGAAGGUGGGUUGCUAUGCUGACAGCACCUGGCGCCUAGUGGACUGCCUGCGCAGCAAGGGGAACAGCAGCUCCGAAUUCACUUUGGCCACUGUUGAGCCAACUGUGGGACGCCUGCCCUGGGGGCCUGUCCUUGACCGUCACACACGUUCGGACAGUAUUGUGUCCGUGUCCCCAGAAGACUACCUUCGAGACCUCGCACCUGAAGAGGCCCAUCUGUUUCUCAACCAGGUCGCAUACAUGACUGGCGUCACACGUGACGAGGCAUCCUACAUCGUCAAACGAGACAGAGAACUCAGGAGCAACCGCUACGUGAUGACGCCAGACUCAUUUCGAAUGUACCUGAAACGUUACGCCCGCCAGUUCAACUACACGCUCAACGAGGAAGCUGCCAUCAGUGCCUUAGCCUUCAUGUACACUCCGUGGAGUGAUCAGGACAAUCAAACACUUCUGAUGAGGGGAUAUGUUGAUAUGCUCUCAGACUCUUACUUUGUGGCCCCUCAUGACAAGAUGAUGAAGCUAUUGCUCAACAAAGGUUUUCGUGUCUAUGCUUACGUGGUGAACUACACUCUCGAGAGCUACCCCAGGUUGCAAUAUGGUGGACGCCUGUAUCACUGGGACGAGAUACCGCACAGUAUGGUUGACCUGAUGGUGUCCGGUGCACCCUUCUUGGACCCAAAGUUUUAUCCUGAGAACCUGGAACUGAACGGUGUCCUCUGGAGUGAGGGAGACCGAAACAUGAGCCAGCUCUUUAUGCAGGCUUGGGCGAACUUUGCCAAAACUGGAGACCCUACGGGGGGCACCUCUCUGUUUGGCACCAUCCGCUGGGAUCCCGCCACGCGGGCUCUGCUACAGUACCUGUGCAUCAACGGCACGUACUACGAGGCGUUCAACUCCUCCAGCUUUAUGCUGCGCGACUACCGCCAGAAGGAGAGCCAGUUCUGGAACGCCUACCUGCCCGAGCUAGCCCUGCGUCCCGCACCGACGUGGCCACCCUGGGAUGAGCCGCUGCGGCAGGAGAACCGGCUGGUCACCGCCUCCCUGUGGGGCGUCACGGCCGUCGCCAUCCUCCUGCUCAUAGUGGCAGUGGCUGCAUGCUGCUGCUACUGCAAGGCUGCCAGCCGUCAUCUGGUUGACGAAGAUGAUAUUCCGCACGCCUCAAUGCAUUCCCUGACGGAGAGUACCUCUAGCAUAAGAAGAAUGGAGUUCAAAAACAAAUAUGCCUCGCCCGAAGAUCAAGGAGAGCUAAGGUCUCUCAAGAACACCAGUGUGUGAAAGCUGCCAGCACAGGAGUAGCAGCGCGCCCUUGUAUACUAUCAAAGUCCCUGUGCCUUGUGCUAGUGGCAAGCGGGGCAGUCAAAGUCAGUUGUCGGAAGAGAGCGCUUUGUCAGUUCCUUUGUGCCGGUCAUUUUGAAAGCCUUCUCGGCUGACUGACACUUUCAUCCGAACACAGCCAAGUGAAGCUGCCACCCCAGCCGAGAGCAGCUGUCGGAAGGGGCCGUUGACGCAUACCACUCUGCAAGAACCGCCCGUGGCACCAACAUGUGAGGUCACAAAUAUCACACGACGUCCAGAACUUUAUGAAUGGUGCUUCUACAUAUAAUACUUUACAAAAAAGAAGUGACUGCUCAGCCUGCAUUGAACACUCUAGUGUCGUAGGUUGAUUCUUCAGCUGUCCUGAACUAGCAACUCCAUCACUUGUCAACAUACAUGCAACUGCAUGUGAACAUGCGAGAUAUCACCAUUCAACAUCAGCGGAGCUGUUAAUUUCCCAGCAUUAGUUUCAUACGUAUAAACAUUGGUCACACAUAAGCCACAUAUGCUGAGCCACUUAUUGCAAACAUAUUGGUUCUGCGAUUGUAGCUACAUGUGCUAGGACACCAAUGCGGCAGUUUGGGCACAUUGGUAAUCCAUUUUGAAGAAAACUUAAAGCACACAGAAAACGCGGAUGAAAAAAGGCACACUUAUACACACACACAGGCGCUACAUCAGCUUUGUGUGUUUUAGCAGCGAAAAACACUUCUAGAGAAUCAUGCUUGCUCCUCUCAACACCCUUCACAAAUUUGUCUAAAUUGAGAUAAAUUUGUGCUUUUCAACCGCCUCAAUCUAGACAAAUUGGUGAAGAGUAUUGAGAGGAGCAAGCAGGAUUCUGUUUUUUGCUGCUUAAAUACACAAAGUUGAUGUAGCGCCUGUGUGUGUGUAUAUGCGUGCCUUUUAUUGUCUUGUGUUUUCCAUGCGCUUUUAGUUUUCUUCAAAAUGUGCUAGGACCACUCUCUUUGAACAAGUAGGGCUGUGGUGCCUAGGAUAAGGUGGUGUGGCUUCAACUUUGAACACAAAGGAAGCCAUAUGAUCAGGAAGUCAUUUCUCUAUGAUCUCCAAGUUGAAAGUCACAAGGAAGCCAGCUAUGUAUUUGUACACCUGUAGCUUUUGUGAACAUUUUGUGCAGUGUUUUCAUUUUAUAGGAAUUGAAUACUGUAUGUGAAUUGACAUUCCAUUGCAGUGCAUGUGAGCACUGUCAUACUUAGCAAAUCAGAACCAUCUCGUACUGCAGAGUUAAUAGCCACUAGCAUGUGCUCUGUUAUGUUUGCGCUGUUACCAAAUUGAGGACUUGGGAAGAAAAAAAAGUGUACAAGUCUGCAUCAACCUCCAUAUGCAGCUUGUUUAGUGCUGACACUUGGAAGCCGCAUCUCUUUCAAGCUGUCAUAAAUGCAGCAUUCACUUAUGUACAAAUGAACUGUUAUGUGGGAUCCAAAUGAGAGGAGUGUGUGCAGUGUGUUUCAUGAAGAGCUUCAUACUAUUUUCUGUGUUCAUUCACUGCCAAUGAUCAAACCUGUGUAUGUGUGCUGUAAUAACCACUGGAUGCAAAUCAUCAGCGAAUGCUGUUGUGAACUCCCACAAACUUCAACGUCAAAGUUCACACGAGCAAGUGGGCUUGUCAGUGAAGCAUGCCUGUGAGAACAAAAAUACAAGCUUACCAAUCAUGUACUUCAUAUCACUGCACCUGAGUGAUUAUCCUAGUAGCAUUUCCAGCCACGUGAGGCUGACGGUGCCUGACAGCAGUCGAACUGCUUAUAAUUACUGAGAAGGAGCUGUGCAUGCCAUUUUGGUUUAGUCUCCGUAUAAUAUAGUUUGCUUAGCUGAUUUCAAGUACGUUACCAUGAAAUGUUCUGUGUACUGCUUGAGAUUUUUCACAUUCCUUACUCUAAAAUAUAAAGGGCACGAGAAAGCCACCAUAUAUACUCUUCAGGCACCUGUUGUGUCAGUUUGAAAUCUAAUCCUCACUGAUUUGAUGGUUCACUAAGCAUUAUAAAAAAUAAUUGCACCAGCAAAACAAAUUAAUGUCCUUGAAUGUUCCAUAGCAUCCACAAUGUGUUCUUCGUAACUGAAAACUCAGCUCAUUUGGUUACUGGAUGUAGAAAUACUUUGCCAAUCAUAAGGUGAAGAAGUCGUUCAUUAUGAACUGCCUUAAUUGCUCUAAUAUACUGCCUUCAACAUAUUCUGCAGAGCAGAAAUGUUUUCUCUUGGCCCUCGUUUUAAUCAAACGUUAAUUUAUUCUGCUCAUCCAUUUGACAGCAAAGUCAAAGUGCAUCGAUUUCAUUCUGCUGUAAGCCAAGGGCUGUAAUAAUUUGCAGAUAAUUUGCAGAUGUUCUGUAUGUGCAGCUUUUUGCACCUAGCAGUUGGUCCUUUCUUUUUUUUUAGUGUGAUAUGCUUGUAUCAUUGCUGGCAGCUUUGUUUACAUCUGUACAUGGAGUGCCAUGUUUUCCUUAAUUUUUUUAAUUGCAGAUUUACAUCUGUAGAGGUCUCAUUUUCAGAAGUUGUGUCUUGCUUGAGGUCUCGUGUAUGUGCAAGUGUCAAAUUAUUUGCUUGUACAAUGUUGUGUUAAAUACUAAAAAACUUGCAUCACGUGAGAUGCUUCAUGUAUCUAGUGGCCCUCUACAAUACUUAUGCAUAUAGUAGUUGGAACACAUGCACUGUAUUUUGUGUACUCUGCAUCAGCUAAAUAUUUUUCUUAAUUGCUUACCACUUGAACUUGAGUAAUUAAGAUUGUGUUGUAUGAGUUAGCACUAUAGAGUUACAUAAGAAUUCACUGGAUAAACAUCCAAGAAGGGGAGCCCUUAUAAAAAAAAAAUUCAAGAUGACUAAUGCUUCCCCGUGAAAGUUAGUUUUUCAAAGCAGUGCACAGGCACUUGUUUUGUCUGUUGCAGUAUGGUAUCGUGUCGAUUCAAAACGUCUGACUGACACGUUUAAUGCAUUGAAGUUCGAACACUCUAUGACAUGGAUAGCAUGAGAAUCCGUCCUAUGUAUUUUACGGUUUUCAGCCUUUGGCACCAUAAAUAUUUCACAUACUUCAAGCAACAAAGUUUCUUAUAAUUGACUGUUCAAUAUUACUGACAGUAAUUUUAUGUUCACAUCCAAUUCGCUACUGCUACUUUUCACGCAAAGCCAAGUGAAGUCCUGAAUGUCAAAGUGCUCACAAAAUGUAAAAAGAGUUAUUGGCUCACUCCUUGCUAGAAUGUUCCAAGAACGUGGUGAAGUGCUCGAGUAAAUUUUGGUCUCUGGUUGCUUUUCGUGAUCAAACAAUGAAUUUUUGUUUCUGCUGAGCCAUUUCUUUUUGUCAUCGUAGGAAGUGCUUAACUUCCUGCCAGGACAGUCUGUGCAGUAUUUAGCGUUUUAAACUUUUAUUGUUGACUGUGAACGCCCUGUAAUACCGGUGAUGUAGAUGGCAAGCUACAUAAAGCAGCCUGUCAACACUCGUACAGGAAGUUGUCACACACCACGUAAAAAAAAAAAAAAAGUCUUCGGAGUCCUACCACACCGUCCUACCACUUUUUGUAUAGCCAUCUGUGGCAAAUCCGUCCAUUGGCUAGUGUUGUGCACGCUUCUCCACAUUGUUAGUACUAUUGACCAAUUCUACAAACUUUUUAUAUGAACUUUAUAUUUACUGUUUACAUUUUACACACAAACUUGCUUGCCUCAUCACUUGUACAGCACAUAGGUGCAAUCGGUGUGACCUGGCUUUACAUUGUCACUGUGCCCUUCAAUAAAUACAUUUUUUGCAGUACUUUCUUUC